AUGAGUUUCAAUUCAUACUCGCCUGCCGAAGCCAUAGAAUUGGUUUCGAGGGCAGGCGUGAAGAAGGGCAACAUGCGUCCGGAAAAGCUUCAGGAGAAUGCUCCUGGCGUAGCACGGCUACUGGGCGCCGUCGUCUUCCCUUAUGGCCUGGUGCUGAUCGUCCUAACUGGCACCGACUUGUGCACGGGUAGCUUCAUGUACACCACCGUUGCCGUGCUCCACCGGCGGUUGUCUCUCCCGCGCAUGCUCCUUCACUGGCUGCUCACCUUUCUGGGCAACUUCGCGGGGGCGCUCUUCAUGGUCACCGUCAUCUUUGGCCCGGGGGGUGUCUUUUCGGCCGAGCCCUUCAAAGACGAAGCCAUCCUGUUCGCGACUAAGAAGCAAAUCAAGCCACGCUGGCACGAAAUCUUCCUACGGGGCAUCGGCUGUAACUGGCUCGUCUGCCUCGCCUGUUAUCUGGGCAUGCAAGGACGCGAUCUCGUAUCCAAGAUCGUCGGCAUCUGGGGACCUGUCUUCGCCUUCGUCUCGCUCGGCUUCGACCACGUCGCCGCCAACAUGUUCUUCAUCCCGCUCGGCUUGUGGCUCGGCACGCCCGGCUUGUCCAUCGGGCUGUACGUCUGGAAGGGCGUCGUGCCAGCGCUGCUGGGGAACAUUAUCGGCGGAGGCUUGUUCUGCGGCACGUUUUUGUGGUUCUUGCACUUGCACGGACAGGAGAUAGAAGUUGAUGGCGAUCUGUGGAGCACCCAUCACCAUCAUCAUCAUUCCCGGGAUGGCCACCGUCAACAGCAUGACGAGGAGAAGGGCCAUCGGCUCGACGAGCUUCCUAGGAAAGAUAGGCUUGGCGUGUUGAUACACCAAACCAAGGGCUCAACAUCGAGCCUUGCGUCUGCGGCACGCAGCGAUCGAGGUUUGUUGAGCAGGGAAUAA